AUGGCCCUGAUUGCGAGUCUUGCGAGCGUUACGACAUGUGUACAGCUAGCACCGAGAGCAACGUCCGCUUUGGGGAGCCUGCCACAUAAUGCAAGUUCCACAGCUCUGAGCAGCAGCAGCGCUAAAGCCACCGCUUCUGGCAGCGCGGCACCCGCAGCAUCAUCCUCUGCGUCAUCAGGCAGCCCGCCGAGCCUUUGCGAGAUUUACACCAAACUGACCUUGGGGUCUACCACACCUGACGCGCAGUACGAAUACGUUCGCCUCAUCGUCAAUUCCAUUUUUGUGGGAAACUUUUCUAACCUCGCGAAAGGAUCACAAGCGCCGACUGGAAUUUUGACCAAUAACGGUCGCAUUCUAAGCAGUUCAAGAUACACAGCACCAGUAGACUUACACAAGUACUUUGAUGGUACUCUGCUUUCUACGAACCGCAACAAUAAGGCUGUGUCCGUCAAUUUCCUCGACGGCGGAGGCCGGGACCCGCUUUUUCAGAACCAACCUGCGGUCAACAACACUUCCAACCAGUACUUCCUCAUGACUCAUUUAUACACCUAUUUUGGUGCCCUGCUCGGCUGCAGUGCUAUCGGUGGAGGCACUUUCCCGCAGUACAGCGGAUCGCCCUCGAUGGGCUCGGUACACAAGUUCAUGAACAUCGGCCCAGCAGAAUUCCUUUUCUUUAAAGAGCAAACAGCAUACUCGCUCGUCUCAUUCGGCAUGGACGUUAACUCAACUGUAGAAUUCCUUGGUCUUCUGGAGAACUUUGACCUGCGAUGCCGCGUUCCGUUCUCGUUUCCCAAUGGCGCGCCAGCCGAAAGCCAAGUGAUCUGCUCCGCAUCCGACUGUGGGCUCGCCCCAAACACUCAGGGGCUACAGGAUUGCACGCAGCCGGACGUCAAUGGCACUCACGGCGUGGCGCCGCAAAGGGCCAGCUACAUCGGCGAAGGUGCAACUGGGUCGCCUCGGAGCGGAUCAGGUGCGAAUGUUGGCGCCAUCGCAGGAGGUAUUGUUGGAGGCGUUGUGGGGCUCGCGCUAGUCGCGCUCGGCAUCUUCCUGCUCAUGCGCCGGCAGCGGCAGAAGAAUGUCCAAUGGGAGCACGAUGCUGACGACCACGCGGCAUCUAGGUACGGCAAGCUAGCGCCGACUGCCAACGCCUACGGAGGCGCCAUGGUCGGCUCGGAUGCCGGCUCGGGUAACUUCACGCAGACAGGCCUGACGGCUCCUCGCUCCAUUCUCAUAUCGCAGAAUUCCCGCCCAACCAGCCCAGAUGCAUUCAGCUCGUCCGCGCGGACUGGCUACUAUGAUCAUGGCAUGAUUCGCAGCAACAAUGGCCGUCCAGCCUCCGUGCAGUCUGCCACAUCCGGCACGAGUCGCGCGACCGGUCGCCGCGUUGGCGGCCCCGUAUCAGAUCAGCGUUCGAUCUCAGAUACGCUCGGUUCCCAGCGAGAUGCCAUGCCAUCUGGUGCGCUGCUCGGCAACGCACCACCGAUGUACGAGCGCUACGUCUCUGCAGGCGCUGCGCGCAUGGGAGACAUCGACGAGCAGCGCGAGGAUGCACACACCUACGCUGCUUCUCCGCCAUCGUUAGCCUCACCCCAAUACCAGCCGCGACAAGAGUGGCCUACGCCAGCGAUCGAGGACCACCCCGGCAUCUCUCACAAUGAGCUUCUCGAGAUUGCCCGCGAUGUUGAACUGCCACCUGGGGAGACGGAGCGCCUGAUCAAGGAGGCGCACGAAGCACGGGCAGCAGCGUUCGCUGCUAGGCAGCAAGGAGAGUCCAGCGGCUCUUCGGCAGUCGCCAGUGCGUCACAUACCAUGCCCAUCCUAGACACCAAAGAUGAGGCUGGUCCAUCUUCAUGA